ACAUGAUCAUAUUUUACCUGAUUCUUCUGGAAAACAUUGCAGGUGGUGAUGUACUCACGGGACCUUAUCAAGUGAAGCAAUGUGCUGGCAGAAACAUCCAGAUCACCUGUCGGUAUCAUUCUUUCUAUAGGAACAAUGUAAAGUACUGGUGCAAAGGCUACUAUUUUAAUCACUGCUCGAUACUUAUACGAACAAAUCAGCCCCUGCAUGUCAGUGGACCUCUGGAGAUAACUGACAAUAAAAACGAAGGUUUUUUCUCUAUCCACAUGAAGAGCAUUAAAUCAGAGAACAGCGGCUGGUACUGGUGUGCUAUUGAAAGAGUGAGCCGACAUGUGUCCUUUGCAGUGGAGUUAAUCAUUUCUAAGGAAGGAACACAGCAGUGCUUGGUGCCUGAGCCAACACCACAACUCAAAGUCAGAGACACAACUACAUUACCAGUGACAACAAGAACAUUAACAACUUCUAAGACAACUGAAACAACAUCAAUGUCACAAGCAACAUUAAAGAGGACAGUUAUAGCAAAAGUAACUCCUCAAACCAUGACAGGAGAGAUUAAUUUCACUCAAACCCCAGUCCACAAAAUAUGGAGCAUCAUUCGAUGGUUUAUCUUCUUGGGACUGUGUCUUAUCGUCUUCUGUUUCACGAUGUACACUGAACUGAGUUAGAUAAACUAU